UUGCGUAAAGUUGAAUAAUUUUGAAUUUUUGAAAACAGUUUGAGUAAUCAAUUUUGAUUAAUUUUCUGCUAAUUCAUUUGUCAAAUAAUUUCUGUUAAUUUUGCUAAAUACCUUUGACGUUCCAACGUUUCCAUUAUGUUUAAUCGAGUAAUAACUCUUAUAGACAUGGAUUGCUUCUAUUGUCAAGUUGAAGCCAGACUGAAUCCAUCUCUUCAAGGAAAACCGAUUGCUGUGGUACAAUAUCAAACCUGGAAAGGCGGUGGUAUCAUAGCUGUAAACUACGAAGCUCGAAACUUAGGAGUGACCAGACGAAUGAGAGGUGUAGAUGCUAAAAAACACUGCCCCGAAAUUGAACUUGUCGCUGUACCUGAUGUUAGAGGCAAAGCUGACUUGACCAAAUACAGAGAUGCUGGACGUGAGGUGAUAGCCGUUCUGAACGAAUUUUCACCUUGUGUCGAAAAAGCCAGUAUAGAUGAAGCGUUCCUGGACUUGACCGAACUUGUAGAAAAACGAUGUGGAAAAGUAAAACUGAGUGAUGUGCAAAACACAUUUGUGGUCGGGUAUCCGGAUGAGGGAGGAACGAACCAGUGGCUCAAUGAUUUAUACGACGGUGGUAUGAACGAUGAUAAUUUACUCAAAUUGGCUCAUGCGGCUGCUUUGGUGGAAGAGAUCAGAGCCGCUGUGUAUGAAAAAACAGGGUUUCGUUGCUCCGCUGGUAUUUCACAUAAUAAGAUCUUGGCUAAAUUAUCAUGCGGUCUCCACAAACCGAAUAAACAAACGGUGUUACCGCAUUCGAGCGUAUCAGUUUUGUACGAAACACUUCCAGUAGAAAAAAUCCGAUCUUUAGGUGGUAAACUCGGUGAUUCAGUUAAACAGCAGUUGAAUUGUUCUACGAUGAGCGAAGUUGCGAAAUUUUCGAUGCGAGAUUUACAGCAGAAAUUCGGUGAAAAAAACGGAUCUUGGCUGUACAAUAUUUCUCGUGGAAUUGACGUAGACCCGGUCAAACCUAGAAUUGUUUCAAAGUCGAUAGGAUGCUGUAAGAAUUUCCCAGCUCAUACGGCACUUACGACUAAAAAAGUCGUUAAACAUUGGAUGGAAGAAUUAGCUGAUGAAGUUUACGAACGUAUUCAGAAUGAUUUAAUCGCGAACAAAAGAAGAGCUACGUUGAUCACUGUUAAUACACAUUUCGAAGAAAAUGGCAAAACUACGGUAUUUUCGCGAAGUACAGCUUUAAAUAAUUACACGAAGGAAGAAAUUGUCAACAGCUGUAUGAUUUUAAUAUCGAAAUGUAAUACAGCUCCUCAGAAAUCCGAUGCAUGGAUUCCAUCGUUGAAUUUACUCGGAAUAUCGGUGAGCAAGUUCAUCGAAGUAAAAAGCUCUGCAAGUUCGUUGUUUAAAUUUUUCAAACUGAUAAAACCAAAGACAGAUGAAAACGAAUCAGUUCCUGAUAACGAUACCGAAAAAUCAAACGACCCAGAUUUACUCGCAAUCGAAGUCGAAUCUAAACCAGAUCCUCCUCCUUCUAGCCCGAUCAAAAGUGAACUUGAAGCGAUAUCCACCAAAGAUAUUUCCAUCAAAACAUCGGAAUCAGAAUCUACUCGAACAUUAAUACCACAUGCUUCGGAAGAGCCAGAAUUCGCCUCAGGACUGAAUAAAAUACUUAAUAAAUUACGUAACCCUUCGCCCAGUUCGGAAAAUGUGUACGAUAACCCAGUUCCAUCUACUUCGAAAGAUGAUCCAGCUCCGAAUUCGAAUAAUUCUACCAAUUUAGGAUUCGAUUACAGUAAUUCGUUCUUUUGCAAAAUUUUCAAAGAUAAAAAUGUUUACGUUCCGAUCAAAUACGAAAAACCGUUCAACAAAAACGAUAACUCGUUGGAUAACUCAAUCUCAGUAUGUACGUUCGACGAAGAAGAAUCUAUGCCCGGAGUUAUCGACAGCACAAUGGACGUUGAACCAGGACCUUCAACUUCUGCCGAUCAAAUGGUAGAAAAAUGCGCCGAGUGUCAUAAAUUUAUUCCGUUGAUUGAUUUCCUGGAACAUUUGGAUCUCCACGCGGCCAUGGCGUUACAAAAAGAGUUGAAUAAAGCUGAAAUAGCUGAGAGGAAUGCUGAAAAGGCAAACAGUAGCUCUAGUAGCAUUUCUUCCAGCAAAGGAUCAGAUAAUAAAAGGCAGUCUAAAAAAAUGAAACUGCAAAGCCCCGCCAAAAAGCAUAUACCGAUUACUGCUUUUUUCAGUGUUAAACCCUCAAGUUGAUCGUGUCUCGGUCGGUGAGACGUUCAUUAACUGAAACAGAAUGAUAGAUACGUAUUUUUCUUAAUUUCUAUCGUAAUGUUACCGACAUUUCGUUAUAAUUUUGUAUGGUCUAUUUUGUGAAGAAUUUUGUGAUAUUUUUUGAUAAUAUUUUGUACGGUGUGAGUGAUCCAAGUGUAAUUUUUGUGAUGUGUUUGAAAGUUUUGAGUUAUAGUAGUUUCGUACUCUGUAAUAAACGUAUUUCAUUUUAUCAUUCAAAA